AUGCUUGCAAACAGAAGAUAUCACUCGAAUGGAUUGGCCACCUUACUCUCCCGAUUUGAGCCGGAUUUAGCAUGUGUAGGAUGCCUUAAGGCGCCGAAUUCAGCGCCCCAUAUUCCUCCCCACACCCUCCAGAAGCUGAAAAGUGCACUUUUAGAAGAGUGGCAUGCAGUUCCAAGACAUAACACUUUGAACCUGUCCUCUCCGGAGUCAUACGGCCUACACACCACGAGUCAUUUUUUUAUAGAAGCAUCACCAGGUGUUCUGCUGGGAACUUGGUACAUUCCACCAAGCCACUCAGAGCAACAUCACUACCUCUCGCAUCUUUCCUCGUUGACUGACGAUGACCGUCCCGUCGUGUUAUAUCUUCAUGGCAGUGCCGAAUCGAGGUCAGCGGCCUAUCGCCGUAGCAUGUAUCAUGUACUCUCCAAUGAACCAGUGAACGCCCAUGUGAUCACCUUCGAUUACAGGGGAUUUGGUGAUUCCAGUUACAUAUCUCCAACAGUUCAAACCCUGGAGCAAGAUGCUAUUUCUAUGUUCCAUUGGCUGAAAGAAAAAGUUCCUGCAUCGCGCAUUAUAAUCUGGGGUCAUUCCAUGGGUACUGGAAUUGCUAUCAGAUUGGGAGAGUAUUUGGCUUUAAAGAACAGCAGCAGUCCUUUGGCUAUAGUUCUCGAAGCUCCUUUCACAAGUGUUGCAGAUGCUACUCACACAUUCCCACUCUCUUUCUUCCACAGACGACUCCCGUUUUUCCAACAAUUCUGCUCUGAUCGGACACGGCAUCCAGAUACAGAUAUGGAUAAUGAAGAUCGUGUGAGCAAAAUUACAGCUCCUCUAUUAGUUCUGCAUGCUGCUGAUGACAGUAUGGUCUGGUCGGAGCAGGGCAAGAAGGUCUGGAAAAAAGCAAUCGAAAGCCGAGGACCCGAUUUGCAUAAGCCUGUCUUUGUUGAGUUAGAUGGCAUGUAUGGCUGUGGUCACAGGAAUAUUCAUAGAGCUCCUAACUUACCACAAGAAAUUUACAAAUUUCUUUCAAGCGUAAAAAAUCAUUACAGAACUAUUGAAGCAUGCAAAGUAACCUAAAGUAAGUUUCUUAUCAUGGAAACCUGUUUCUUUCACGCAGAAAAAAGGCCAAAAAUAUUGCUCAGUAGUACAAUAUUUUCAGUAUUGUUAUUUUGUUAAAAUCUGUUUUCAUUUUUUUGUAUCUUAAAAUUGGGAGAACUUUAAUCCACUUUAAUAAAUCAGAAUACCACGGA